AUGCUAUUCAAACAAUGGAAUGAAAUUGCAGAGCCAAGACAUCAACUGGACUCACCAGUUAUUAUAGCCAAUGAAGGUACUUUACAAACGUCAGUUUUGCCACAGGUGACUCUACCACCCAUUGAUCUGCAAAAUUUCAGCAGAGUUAUUCUUACAAGUGCCAUAAUGAAUCCUUUAUUUCCGGAGAAGUUGCUGAAGUCAACUAUUUUAGGUGAUUUGAAAGUUAUAUUAGAUCUCUCAAGUGGCAAAAUGGCAUUAGACCAUCCAAUGCACUCGUGGAACUUUGAUGAAAACUUUCCUAAUGAAGUAGAUCCUGCAUAUGUUGUGGAAGAGAGAAGUAAGACGUUUGAGCUCUGCGCACCAAUAGUGUCAUUCGGUAGGACGUUAUUGAUCAGCGUUAAAGAAAACUUCUUGAAAACUUCACCAAUUUUUCUAAACCAGAUAGCCAAGUCAGUUGUAUGCAAGUUGGCCCAGGGCGCUUUUGAAGGUGAAGUUGUGGUUCUUGGUACAUCUGAUCAGAUCACAGAGUUGAAACCUGUAAGUGAUAAGGAGACUACGUUAAACCCACCUGAAUUCGUUACGAGCUUUGUCGGCGCUGUUAUAACGCAGCUGAUUGAAAAGUCUUUACCUUUCCAGGGACUAAUCGCGCCCAGUGAAGGACCAGUUGGCUUUGAAAAGUUGAAUCUUGUUACGAUGGAAGAGCUAAUCACACUUUGUCAUCAAUGGGUUGAUUCGAACAAGGAAAUAUAUAGGAACGAAUGCUAUCGUCGCUGGAGAUUGGAUGGUGCCGCAUUAGGUGCUCAAUCAGGUCUUUAUAUAUGA